AAAGAGAAAGAUUGACCAGAGAUCUCAUCUAGCAGGUACACUUACUUGUUCACUCAGUCACUCUCUCCUCUCCCGGUCUGGGACGUCUAGGACUGCUGUGUCUGUAGCUUUCUAACAGACGACACUCCAUACACAGACAUGAUGCAUCGCAUCUUCCUCAUCUGCUUGAGUUCUCUGCUCCUCCUCCUCUUCCUCUCCUCCUCCGCGCUUUCGGAACCCCGCCGACGCUCGUCAUCCUCACCACGCAGCAGGACCGCGCGCGCUCCGGUUUCCAAGGUGCGCCUGGCGGGAAACUUCGCCCGGGGACUGAACGAGGGUCGCGUGGAAGUGCUUCACAACAGCACGUGGGGGACGGUGUGUGAUGAUGAAGUGGAUAUCAAGCUAGCCAAAGUCGUCUGCCGCGAGCUGGGCUUUCAGACCGGCGUCACGUGGGCGCACAGUGCCAAAUAUGGAGAGGGUGUUGGUCCUAUCUGGAUGGACAACGUGCGUUGUGACGGCACAGAGAAGACUGUGAAAGACUGUAAACAUAACGGCUGGGGUGUCAAUGAUUGCAAGCACUCUGAGGACCUUGGCGUGGUCUGCAGUCCGGAGCGACGACUGGACCAGGUCACGGGGUCACGUAACGGUCAGUCGGUGGCCCUGCGCCCGGAUGUCAGCGUCUCGCCCCAGUGGCAAAGCAUCCUGGCCAGCCGCAGUAACCCCCGACAGACCCAUCAUGGGAACGGACACCCUCCAGAGAGGCCCAGCCUGAGACAGGACCACUACAACCCGUAUUCCAGCAAGGUGCGUAUCCAGGAGGUGCGUCUGCGGCCAAUCCUGAUGCACACUAAAAAGCAGGCCCUGAUCACUGAGGGUGUGGUGGAAGUGAAGCAUGCUGGGAGAUGGAGGCAGGUGUGUGACCUGGGCUGGAACCUCAACAGCAGCAGAGUGGUGUGUGGAAUGCUGGGGUUCCCUGAGGCAGAACUACACAAUGAAAGAACAUACAAGAAAAUCUGGGACACCAAGCUUGCUGAUCCAUCCACAAAGCUGAGCCUCAUGGCUAGUAAGAAGAGUUACUGGGUAGAGAAGGUUCACUGCCUGGGGUCAGAGACCAGCCUAUCAGAGUGUCACACUCAGCUGUCCAUCCCACUUAGCCCCUCCCCCUGUAAGAGCGGGAGACACGCGGUGGCGAGGUGUGUACUGGGACCACAGUUUGCGCACAUGUCAUCUGGAAGACCCCAAGCACCUCACCCAAUUGUACCGGUGCGUCUGAAGGCUGGCCCCAGGCUGGGUGAGGGCCGUGUGGAGGUGUUGAAGGAGGGGAAGUGGGGUACCAUCGUAGACCACCUGUGGGACCUCAACUCAGCCAGCGUGGUGUGCAGGGAGCUGGGCUUCGGAACUGCCAAGGAGGCCCUCACUGGAGCUCACUUGGGACAAGGUACUGGUCCUAUCCAUAUUAACAGUGUCCAGUGUUUGGGGACAGAGAAGUCUAUCCUAGAAUGUAACUUCCAGGAUGCCCCUUUAUGGACGUUCAAACACACCCAGGACGCCUCAGUACGCUGCAACGUCCCCAAGCUUGGCCUGGACAGCACGGUGCGGUUGGCGGGAGGCAGGGAGCCAGGUGAGGGCCGUGUGGAGGUACUGAUGGAUGUAGGGGGUCGUAAGAGAUGGGGGUCAGUCUGCAGUGAGAACUGGGGGAUCAACGAAGCCAUGGUGGUCUGUCGACAGCUGGGUCUGGGGUUCGCAUCUCGAGCACACCAGGAGACGUGGUAUUGGGCUGGGGAUCCUAACGCAGCAGAGUUGGUGUUGAGUGGAACCCACUGUGUCGGAACUGAGCUGUCAAUCCAACAGUGUCGCCGUAACAACCACAUCCACUGUCCCCGGGGUGGCAGGACUAAGGCUGCAGGGGUCACCUGUUCAGAGACUGCCCCUGACCUGGUACUAGAUGCCCAACUGGUUCAGGAGACAGCCUACCUGGAGGACCGACCCCUACACCUGCUGACCUGUGCCAACGAGGAGAACUGUCUGUCGUCUUCCGCUGCCAGAAUGAACUGGCCCUAUGGACACCGCCGCCUGUUACGAUUCUCCUCCAGGAUCAUGAACACGGGACGGGCUGACUUCAGACCUAGGGCUACCAGGGAGUCUUGGACCUGGCAUGCGUGUCACAGGCACUACCACAGCAUUGAGGUGUUCACCCACUAUGACCUGCUGACUCUGAAUGGGACCAGGAUAGCAGAGGGACACAAGGCCAGCUUCUGUCUGGAGGAUACAUACUGCCCUGAAGGUCUGCAUAAGCGUUUCUCCUGCUACAACAUGGGCGACCAGGGCAUCUCAGUGGGCUGCUGGGAUACGUACCGCCACGACAUCGACUGUCAGUGGAUCGACAUCACCGAUGUCAAGCCUGGAGACUACAUAUUCCAGGUGGAAGUCAACCCCUCGUUAGAUAUGGCUGAGUCGGACUUCCAGAACAACGUGAUGAGAUGUCGAUGCAAAUACGACGGACACAGAGCGUACAUGUAUGGAUGUCACGCAGGUGAUGCGUACAGUGCAGAGAUUGAGGACCUGUUUGAGCACCAAAGGCAGAUCACCAAUAACUUUGUCUAGGCCCUUCCAGGGCCCAGUGCUGGCCCAGGCUGGUGCCCAGCAAAGAGGGUUCAGAGCUGGGGCCAAAACUGCUCAGGGUGCCCUGGGGUCUGGAGGUCUGGUGGGACGUGGGACUCCUGCCCCACAACACUAGGGGACUCACAAAAUGGCACCUGUCCACUACCCUUACCUGCUGUGGACUACACUACCCAGAAUAAACCACAACUAGGAGAAGACCAUCACCCUGACUACACCUUUCGACCCCAACAGCCAAUAGAAGAGCAGGACUGAUGUCACCAGGGAAACCAAAUUAUUUCAGUUAACAAUGGAGGGUUACAAUGAUAUGGAUUCAAUCAACAUUUAGGUAUUUUGUUAGUUAAUGAAUGUGGACUACUAGUAAUUUAGCUACUCAAAAUUUGUAUGAAUUAAUGAAUUAAUUUCAAUUAAAGUUGAAAAUAUAAUUGUACGUCUAACAUACCAACCUGGUCAAAGAGCAUUUCGUAUGAUUAUGUAUGUAAAUCCCUGAUACUCCUUUUAGUAUGAUAUGUUACAUUUCGUAUGGUAUGUAUUAAUUUGUGGAUGUCCAUCACCCAUUUCAUGUACUUUGUUCAUAUUAUAUGUUAUGAAUUUUCUAAAUUCAAAAUAGGUUACGAAUUUACAAAACACGUUACGAAUUUACAAAAACGUGAUAUUUUAUGAAUUCUAGUAAAGUGGCUAGGUGGCUAAUGUUAGCAAGCGGGCUAACGUUAGCUAGCUGGCUAAUGUUAGCUAGGCUAGGGCUUAGGGUUAGGGUUAAGUUUAGGAGUUAGGUUAAAGGUUUAAGGUUAAGGUUAAGGGAAGGGUUAGCUAAAAGGGUUAAGGUUAGGGUUAUGAUUAGGGUUAUCUAACAUGCUAAGUAGUAGCAAAGUAGCUAUAAGGUAGUAAGUAGUUGAAAAGUUGCUAAUUAGCUAAAAUAGUAAGGUUGACCGUGAUGAGAUUCAAACUCACAAACUUUGGGAUGCUAGACGUUUGCGCUAAAUGCCUACUGAUCCACCCUGACCCACCACCCAUAGGCCCACCCCAACCAACCACCCUACUUUCCUUUUUGCCUUAAGUAACCAUCUGUCUUAUGUAACCAUACCAACCAUAACAUAUGAUACUAAUUUGAAUGUCAGGGAUUUAAGUUUACUAUGUUAAGUCUAGUCUAUGAGACCAGGCUGAAGAUAUGGAUGAUCCCAUAUGCCCAUGUCCCAGGAAAGGGGAAAGGAUGACUGAAAAGAGUUCUGUAUUAUCUGUUUGACUGAUGGUCUGUCUAGACAGUGUCUCCUACAAUAUCGGUGCUGUUUGAUCAAAUCUCAACCUUCCAGUAGACUUUAGAGGUCUGCAGUUCAACUUUAUUUCAUCCAUAACCAGGGAUGAAAUAAAACCAGGAGUUUCCUUGAGUGGACCUCAAGGCCCGAGUUUGAAUACAUAGUUGGGUAUGAACGUUUAUCUUAGUUUUUACAAUUUAAUUAGUUGUUUUACUUUGUGCAGGUAUUGCCAUAUUCUGAAAAUAAUGACGAUAUACUGUAACUACAGUAGAUCUGAUACAACAAAACAAAUAUAGUUUAUUUAGUUAACAUUUCACUCUUCUUCGGUUUUAAAAUUACUGUAACAUGAGGUCAAAUAAUUUUCAUGGGAUGAUGCACUUUAUCUAUUGAACUAAUAUCAGUAUUUAGAAUUUUGACCAAGUCCCCCCUCCAUAGUUUAAUAUGAUCAGUCAUAAAAUGCAUGGUUACCAUAUUAGGACAGCCUGGUCCCUCUGUGACUGAGGCUGUCCUAAUAUGGACUCCGUAAUGUUUGCUUUUGUGACAUUAUCUCUUGAUACCUGCCAUGAAAAUGUAACUUUUGAUGCAGUUUACUGUCUGAUUUGUUGUAGUAACUGAAUUCCAAUGCUUUUGGUGCUCAUUUUGUCAUAACAUGUAAUGUAUCAUAUAUACUGCAGUUAAUUUAUUCAAGGUUACCAUGUGCAAUGCUUUUUAUAUUGAUUAAACAUAAAACAAACACAUUUUCACCCAUUACAGUAAGUCACUAGCUAGGGUAUGCACUAGAAAAAAGGUCUACCUAGAACCACGGUUUAUUUGGCUGUUCCUGUAGCUUGGUUAACCCUUUUUGGUUCCAGGUCAAAAGAGAGAAACACAGAGAAACACAGCAACUGUGAACUCUGCUGUCACCAGCUAUAGGCAUGGGUGGGAAAGACACAUGAGAAAGAGAGAGGGAGAGAAAGAGAUGGUGGGGGUAGAGAGAAAGAUAUGGAGAACAAUGCCUUGACAUUGGCAGGGAGAAAGAAAAUGAGAAAUAGAUAGAGGAUAAGCCUUGACGUGGGCAACACAUCCACCCUGGCCACUGCUGCGGAGGCCGCAGGGCUGGCAUACUGAGGCCGCAGGGCUGGUAUACUGAGACCGCAGGGCUGGCAUACUGAGACCGCAGGGCUGGCAUACAGAGGCCGCAGGGCUGGCAUACUGAGACCGCAGGGCUGGCAUACUGAGACCGCAGGGCUGGCAUACUGAGACGCAGGGCUGGCAUGCUGAGACCGCAGCAUGCUGAGACCGUACAAUGCUGUAACUCCAUUUUAAGUCAUCCAUGUUUGUGGCUUUUUUACGCCAUAGAUGUUGACUGGUAGAUGGAUCUGUUUGUGUUUUAUCCUUCUCCUUUGUCUUUUGCGUGAGUUGGCUAAAACAGAAACAAAUCUGGCGCAAAGCUCCAUGUUCACUGCACCAUUAUGGCCUUUUGAUGUGUUUGAAUGACCAACCAUCCUCAAGUCUAGAUGCUGUCAGCAGCAGCAAUGGACAUUUUCCAGGAUUAUAUAAUAUACCGUAGUCGGCUGUUAACAGUACAGUUCCUUAAUGAAUAUCUUUAGCAGAUCCCUUUGGUUCCCUCGGCCCACUCAUUCACAUUUCGUUAUUAGGGGCUUCAGUUAAUAUCGUCUUCAACAACAUUUUAUAUCACAACACCUACAUGUUAUUAUGAAACAGUGUUAAGUUAACCCACAACUUCCUUACACACACGCACAUAUGCACACAUACAUGCUCGCACAAAUGUAGGCAUGCACGUACGCACACAAACACCCCCCCCCCACACACACACACAGUCAAACUCUUUAAUCAAUAAAAGCUGUAGAUGAAAUCGUACUGAAUAGACCUUAGAUGUGUCUUUACAGGGCUAUUUCCUAAUGUAAAAAAACACAUUAUAGGCUAAUAUGUGUUUUUUAAUUGAAUUGUAUGGUGCUUGUGUACAGUUGCUAUUGACAUAACAAAAUAGUCUGUUCUAUGCUUUUUAAUGUUUGUAUUGCGUUCCAUAACUUUAAUAACAACUUUGUAUAUGUUUGGUUAGCAUUCAUCACAUUCACUUUUUUAUUAUCUUGUUCUGUACAAUACAUAUCCCAUGCUGUUGGACUAUCUAGCAUUGGGAUUUCUAUAAUUGCCAGUUUCCUAACCAGUUGUCCUAUGCAAUAAUGUUUGAAACCAUAUGUAAGCUGAGGGUGUGAGCUAUGGUGCUUAUCUAAUAUUCAUAUAGAACGAUUGUGCUCUCAGGGACUCAAAUAACUCCCAAAACCAAAUAUUUGUUUCAUGUGUGACCAAAGUGUACUUUCAUGAAAAUAAAUGAGCAAUUCUUAUGUCAAA